AGAAUUAAUUUUCGCUCUGCCUGCUUGGUAUUUCGCUCUGUUUAAUUUAAUUUUAUUUAUUAGUAAAUUUAAUUUUUAGAUCGUUAUUUUUUCAAAUAAAGUUCAAAAUGGCCGAUCUGUCAAAUUGCAUGAAAGAUUGGAAGGACCUGGAGAAGGAGUUUGCAUCCUAUGAGGAAAGGCACAAGAUUUAUUGCCAGAAAAUCGACGAAUUGAAGGGGGUCCAGAAAAAAUGUCAGACCGAUUUAAAUCAUCAAAAAUACAGAAUUAAUUUGUUGUAUGAGAGUUUAAAACAUAUGCCAAAAGUGACAGAAGAUGACGAAAAAUCAAUAGAGGAGCUCAAAUCAAAAGUAUGCAAACGAAAAGAACAAUUUCGGGAGUUAGAAGAGGUACUCCCUCGCGAGAACACCCUGUAUUUGAAAAUAGUGUUAGGCAGUGUUAACAUGUCUCUUCUGAGUAAACAGGAUAAGUACAAGUACAAGCAGGAUUACGAAUUAUUCAAACUUUAUGUCACACUCGUCAUAUUUGUCUUUGGUCUGAUUCUCUGGUUCUUUCUCGAUUAUCGAGUAACCGAUGCAGUUUUUCAAUUUCUAAGCGUCUGGUAUUACUGCACUCUAACAAUUCGAGAACACAUUCUGAAAAUGAAUGGGUCUAGAAUCAAAGGGUGGUGGAUUACACAUCACUUUAUAUCAACAGCCUGUGCAGGUCUGCUCUUGAUUUGGCCAGAUGGUUACUCCUACCAUUUAUUUAGGCCCCAGUUUAUAAUCUUUUCAAUCUACCUUAGCGUCGUACAACUACUUCAGUACUACUACCAAAUUGGAGCCCUCUACAGACUGAGAGCCCUAGGAGAACGCAGAAACAUGGAUAUAACAGUUGAAGGUUUUCAAUCAUGGAUGUGGAAGGGGAUAUCCUUUAUAUUUCCAUUCCUUCUCAUUGGAUAUGCUUUCCAGUUUUAC